AUGGAUGCUGCCUUAUCUCACACACCUCAAUGGGUUAUUGAUUUAAAUUCUACACCCAUUAAGCCAAAGUUCAGUUCCACCCCCGAUCCGCCAGGUUAUACUAGUACAUCGCAAAAGAAGCAUCAAUCGCUCUCAAAAGCUACUGAUUUCAUAUCUCCAAGUCCUGCUGAUAAGGAUGUACUGAAACUUAAAAAAGCAUGGGAGCUGGCUCUCGCACCAGUAAAGCAACUACCGAUGACCGCGUUCAUGAUGUACAUGUCUGGGAACACUUUGCAGAUUUUUAGCAUUAUGAUGGUUGUCAUGGCUUUUAAAACACCUUUUAUGGGCUUACUAGCUACGAAUCAGGUCUUCGAAAAAUUUGAGAGCGAUGGGACGAAGUCUCAGCUUGUAAUGGUAAAAAUUGUAUAUAUUUCUAUGCAAAUAUUAGCCCUGGCUCUUGGGAUAUGGAAGGUUAAUGGAAUGGGCCUCCUACCUACUGCCAGGUCAGACUGGUUAGCUUGGGAAACUGUGAGGAUUCCAGAAGAAAUUGCAUACCCUGCUUUUUAG